GGCGCUGUAGGGGCCGCAAGGCAGCUGGUCCUUUUUUUCUGCACGGCGAUGGAGCCUCGUCCCUGGUACCCGUACGAGGCCCGGAGUUUAGACAUGUAUCGAGCAGCUGCAUGCGAGCGAGAGGCUCCCUGUUUUAAUGGCUGCAGGUGAGGAACCUUCUUGUGCAGUAGCACGGCGCAGGACCUUUGUAGCAUCGGAAGAAGGCACAGCAAAUGUCACCCAGGUGGUAGCCGUCGUUGCUUUUUUUAUUAUUAUUAUUAUUAUUUCAAAUUACUAGAUACGACAAUGCGUAUUGCGUAAAUUCAUAGGUAGGUUGUCUUCUUCCCGCGAUGCCGGCUAUUGGCAGCUUUGGCCUCUUUAGCCGCCAGAAUCAAUCAACAAAUGAUGACAUGCAAAUAAUUAUGGAAAAUAAGGAAAAUAAAAAGCAUCGAGACCACUCGCCGGGUACAGGAUACAUGCGCAUCCAAGGAUCGCUGCCGCCUAAAUCGACACGAUACAACGCGCUACCCCAAGUACCCAGUACGGGCCCUUGCGUGUUGAUGAUGGCGUCGCAGCGUCAGGCCUCUGUCAUUCAUUGGCUAUUUCUGCAUACGGCGCUGUGCUUUGGUUGGCUGCGAUGGGGUUGUUGCGUUGAGCCUUGGUGCCUGACAAAGUGUCUAAGAAACGAGCGAGCUGAGAGAACAAGAGUCAAGUGAGAUG